AUGCGGCAGCUGCACCAGCUCGCUGUAGCUGACCAGGAGCAAGCAGAGGUACUGAAAGCGCUUAAUCAGGGCGACGAUGCCGCAGCGACGCGGGACAACGACUCGGACCAGGUAGCGCUGGAGUCGGUAGACCAGGACUUGCCGGGCUCCGCACAGGUACAGCUGUUCCCCAAGCAUCUACCGCCGACAUCCAUAGGUCACACUCAAGGUGGUGCACCGGUGGGACCCAAGCAUGGACCAGGCCUGCAGCACGGCGCUGUACUACACCACGGCCCCAUCUCGCUCGGGCCGAGCAGAGCAUCCCUAGGUCACGGACAGCCGUUCGGCCCGCCACCCCCACCGCCGCCCCCCCCGCUGCUCCCCGUCCCGCACGCCUACCAUGGGCCUCCUCCGCCACCGCCACCACCGGGCCCGGCCCAACCGAAGGUACACAGCCUAGAGCUAACGCCGGAUAAAUUGUACGGGGCGCCGCUGGGCGGGAACGAGCUGUGGUCGUCGCCACUACAGGACAUGCCGAAGAUCGUGUCACUGGACGUGAAGUGCGAGAAGCAAGGCAUGAAGGUAUACGUGCAGUUCGACAAGCCGUUCUUCGGCAUCAUCUUCUCGAAGGGCCACUACAGCAACGUGAACUGUGUGCACCUUCCGGCCGGGCUUGGCAAAACGUCGGCCACCUUCGACAUCGGCAUCCACGAGUGCGGCACGGCUGGCAACACCGACAACGUGCUGUACAACGGCUACUCGGGCACGGACACGAACGCGGGCUCCUACUUCGAGAACAUCAUCGUGCUGCAGUACGACCCACAGGUCCAGGAGGUGUGGGACCAGGCGCGUAAGCUGCGCUGCACCUGGCACGACCAGUACGAGAAGUCCGUCACAUUCCGACCAUUCCCGGUCGACAUGCUGGACGUGAUCCGGGCGGACUUUGCCGGCGACAACGUCGGCUGCUGGAUGCAGAUUCAAGUCGGCAAGGGCCCGUGGGCAUCCGAGGUGUCCGGACUGGUGAAGAUCGGCCAAACGAUGACGAUGGUGCUCGCGAUCAAGGAUGACGAUAGCAAAUUCGACAUGCUGGUGCGCAACUGCAUGGCGCACGAUGGUAAGCGUGCCCCGAUCCAGUUGGUCGACCAGCGGGGCUGUGUGACACGUCCCAAGCUGAUGUCACGCUUCACCAAGAUCAAGAAUUUCGGCGCGAGUGCCUCGGUGCUCUCGUACGCUCACUUCCAGGCCUUCAAGUUUCCGGACUCGAUGGAGGUUCACUUCCAGUGCACGAUUCAAAUCUGCCGCUACCAGUGCCCGGAGCAGUGCACGGACCCAGGCGCGCUCGACGUGCAUCACUUAUCGGGAGGGCCGGAGCACCAGCAUCCGCCGCCGCCGCCACCCCAGUCACUCGAUGCGCACGUCUUCACAUCGAAUCGGAAGCGUGACGACCGCAGGAUCCGACGUACUCGAGGGGCUCCAGUCACCGCUGCCGCCAGUGCCGCCGGUCCGCAGAAGGAAGACGUCGGCCUGAACCGCGUUAUCCGCGUAGUGUCCCCCGGCGACCUAACCUUCCCCAUCAGCACCCAGAACGACACCGACUCUACGAUGAUCUUUUCGGCACGCGACGAGGGCCUCAUCUGCAUGACCACACCGGGCUUCACGGUGACCAUUGUCGUGCUGCUAUCGAUACUGCUUGCCUCCUGUGUUACAUCCGCCUUCCUGUGCAUGCGCCUGAAGCCGUUUUCGCUGGCGCUCUCCGCGGCCAGCAAGGAGCGCUCGGUUGCCUUAACCAACCCACACCUUACACCCGGCGGCACCACCGGCACCACCGUACUCUUCGCCGGCCCGAACUCGCUCACCAGCACCAUGAAGUCGACGAAAUCCUCCAAAACGCGCGUCCUUUACACCUGA